GGUGCCUGUGCCGGUGCCAGCCGUCGGCCAUGGCGCUGAGCGCGGCCCUGGCGCUCCGUGUCGCCUACGCGGCGUUCGGGACCCUGAGCGGGCUCUCGGUGUUCUGCGUCUGGAGCGUCGUGCCCGCCCUGCGCCAGCCGAGCACCGCCGCCGCGGGGGGACUGGCGGGUGUCCUGGCGCUCUGGGCCCUCCUGACCCAUGUGAUGUAUGUGCAGGAUUACUGGAGGACCUGGUUAAAGGGCCUCAGGUUCUUCCUCGGCGUCGGGAUCUUCUUCUGCGCCCUCUCCCUGCUGGGAUUCUGUGCCUUCCUCGCCCUGGCCAUCACCCAGCGCCAGGCGCUGAGUGACCCCCGCAGUUAUUACCUGUCCGCCGUGUGGAGCUUCAUGGCCCUGAAAUGGGCGCUCCUGCUCAGCCUCUACUCGCGCCGCUACCGCGCCGAGUUCGCCGACAUCAGCAUCCUGAGCGACUUCUGAGCCCUCCCCCCCCGGCCCCAAAUCCCGGGAAUUCCGCCCCA